AUGCGCAACCGUCUUCUUCUAGAUCCCAAUGAUAAGUUCUCACAAAAUGCCUGGGAUGAUGUCUCCCUUUCCCCAGAAGCCCUUCAUAAAGCCCAACAGAAGAUCAAAAAUGACGAAGCACAUCUUCCUACUACUCCCCCAACCAUUACUUACGAGCCAUGGCACCAUUUCUACACCAACCACCAAACAGCCUUCUUCAAAGAAAGACACUGGAUCCUCAGCGAAUUCCCUAUGCUCAAUACCACCAACCAACGCAUCUUUGAAGUAGGUUGUGGCACCGGCAGCACACUUUCCCAAAUCCCAACUACCAACCAUCUAUUCGGAAUUGACUGUGCCGCCGCCGCCAUUAAUAUUAUCCAAAACCGACCCAAUUUCAUACCAACCCACUUCACCACCCACAAUGCCACUCUCCCCCAACCAUUCCCCCAACUCUAUACCAAUAUGGACUUCGUCCUUCUUAUUUUCACACUUUCCGCCAUCCAUCCCGACCACCACCAAACCGUCCUCCACCAUAUCAACCGAUCACUCAAACCCCAAGGCACACUUCUCUUCCGAGACUAUGCCGAAAUGGACCUCACCCAACUCCGAUUCAAACCCCACCAAAUCCUAGCCCCAAAUCUCUACCAACGCGGCGAAGGCACCUACGCCUACUUCUUCACCCUCAACUAUCUACAAACUCUAGCCCAAGCCACCAACUUCACCAUCACCCAUAUCCAAGAGGACAGAAGACUCCUUAUCAACCGCAAAAAGCAACUAGAAAUGCCCCGGCACUGGAUACAACUCCAACUAACCAAAAACAAUCCCACCUAA